UUUCAAAAUCCAAUUUAGGGUGAUUUGUUCUAGUGGCUAGAUUGAGUAAUAGAAGGAGCAGAGCAGGAAGGGAUGAGUUUUUUUUUUUUUUUUUUAUAAAUAUUUUGUUGACCCUUUUUCUGGGUUUAGAGGCUUUCCAAUUGAUGAGGAAUUAAAUUCAGAUGAUGAAAAACAAUCCGAAAAAGAAAGUAGAAAUCAUAAGAAUUCAUCCAAAACGCCUCUUGUUAAAAAUUGAUGCGUUGUUUUCUUACUACUUUACUUUAGGUUGGAUCGGUUCUCGUUCGAAAAUUCUCUUUUGUUUUCCAUGGUUUGUCCAUAUAUUUUUUGCAUUCAAUUUUUAUAUCAUGCAAUUUUUUUCCUGUACAAUUUUUCAGGGUGGAGUCAUCUUUCAGUAUCCAUUAAACGAAAGGAGAGAAUCUGUAUAUGGAAAAAGUGCAGGGCCACUUCCUCCUCCUCCUGAAGUCAUCAAUUAUGACAAUGCAGUUGCAAACCAAAUUUUGGAGAAUGCAAAAGCUGAAAAACAUAGUUCCUCAUCUGAAUCGGUCUGCCCCAUAUGCCUCACAAACCCAAAGGACAUGGCUUUUGCAUGUGGUCAUACAGUAAGUUCUCUACCUUUGAACUUCUAACAGUGCUAAUGUUUGCUAAUAUUUUCUAAUGGAAUAAAAAAUGUUUGAAUGGUUUCAUAUUCGUA